AUGGAAAAUCACCCAUGUUGGGAGAAAUUCUUGGGUGAACUGGGAACACCAAAAGACUUUAAUGAUAAAAUUCAAUCACCUGCAAAUUCUCUAAUUCUUUAUCAUUGCACUUCACUACGGCAAAAUUCACUCUCAUAUAAAGGUAUUGACAAUUUCUUGCAUUAUCUAUUAGUAAUUAGAAGAUUACAAUUCAAGAACAAAUUUUGUCCCAGCACUACAACUUCAAUUAUUAUGCUCAGUGAUGAAGUUACAUGUUCAGAAAAUGGUGAAGAUAUUUUUAAUGAUGGGAAUGUUCCUAAUGUGAUAGAAAUCGAUAAAAAUUAUGAAACUCUAAAAGAUGAUACAUUAUUGGGUCAAAUUGUGAGCAGCGAAACAGAGGCCUACGAGUUGUAUUGUGAUUAUGGGUUUUGUAAAGGAUUUAGCAUUAGAAAGGGAAAACAAGCAUAUUAUGCGGGCACUAAAAAAAUUAGAACAAAAGAGUAUUAUUGUUCAAAGCAUGGAUACAAGAAUGAUGAGGUAUCAGGUGAGGUAUCUUUCAAUAGGUUAGAUGGUAGAACGGGAUGCAAAGCGAUGAUUCGUUUUGUUGUUGAUGAACAAGAACAAUGGAAGGUAAUAUGUUUUGUUGAUGAACAUAAUCAUUCUUUUGCAACACCAGAAGAAAGACAUUUACUCCGAAGUGUGCGAACAGUUACUGGUUCAAAAGGCAAGGUUCUUAAGUCUAUGAUGAAUGUGGGAAUUAGAGCAAUUGAUGCAUUCUCGUAUAUGGCUGAAGAAAGUGGUGGUCCUGAAAAUUUAGGAUUCACAAAGAAAGAUUGUUAUAAUUUUGUUAAUGCGGAAAGAUUGAAGUUAAUAGAGGUUGGAGAUUCUCAGAGUUUGGUUAAUCUUUUUAAGACUAGAAGUCAUGAAGAAGGAGGUAUGUAUUACUGGGAUGUGCAACUUGAUACUAAUGGAAGGAUGACUAAUUUCUUUUGGAGGGAUGGCAGAUCAAAAAUUGACUAUGAUUGCUUUGGAGAUGUGGUUAUUUUUGAUACUACUUAUCGCACGAAUAGAUAUAAUCUAAUAUGUGCACCAUUUGUGGGGGUAAAUCAUCAUUGGCAAAAUAUCAUGUUUGGAUGUGCAUUUCUUUCAGAUGAAACUACCAAGUCCUUUGAAUGGCUCUUUAGUACGUUUUUAGAGUCAAUGGGAGGCCAACAACCAAAAACUAUAAUCACUGAUCAAGAUAAAGCGAUGGGAAAUGCAAUUGCAUCUAUUUUUCCCGACUCGCGUCAUCGUUUAUGUAUGUGGCACAUUUGUAAGAAUGCAACCUCAUAUUUAGGCAGUUUGAAUUCUAACAAAGUGUUUCAAAAUUUGUUUCAUAAAUGUAUGCAUGAGUGUGAUUCAGAAGUAGAAUUUGAAGAAGUUUGGGCUAAAAUGGUUUCAGAUUAUACUAAUGGUGAGCACAGCUGGCUCAAUAAUUUGUAUAAAAUUCGGAAAAAGUGGUCCACGGCUCUUAACAAGGAUGUAUUUGAUGGUGGAAUUAAGGCUUCUCAAAGGAGUGAGAGUACCAAUAAUGUGUUGAAUGGAAUGACUAAGAAAACUACUUCUCUCACAGAGUUCGUGGUUGAAUUUCAAAAGUUGGUUAUAAGGUGGCGUAAAAAUGAAGCUGUGGAGGAUUACAACUGCCAUCAAAAAACACCAACUUGUGUGGUCAAGCAUAGUAAGCUUUUGAAGCACGCUGCUGAAGUUUACACUCAUAAGAUAUAUAAACUAUUUGAGAAGGAAUAUCUAGAUGGAUGUGGUUCCUCUAAUUUUGAAGAAUUUACUUGUGGUGGGGAUUUAUUUAGAUUUGACUUAAUGAUGCAAGGAAGAGAAUCAAAGAUAAUACAAGUUCAACUUGAUGUCUCAACAAUGGAGGUUCAAUGUUCUUGUAAUAAAUUUAACACUCUUGGAAUCUUAUGUGCUCAUGCAUUGGUGGUUCUCAAUUUUAAAAAUGUAUCUAAAAUUCCGGAUCGAUAUAUUUUGACAAGAUGGUCCAAAGAUGCAAAAAAGAGAAUUCAUACAUUUAAUCAAAAUGUCACUUCAUUGGGAGUUUCCAGUGAGCCUAAUAGUUCUUACCGUAGUCGAACCAUGCAAUAUGCAUAUGAUCUCAUAAUAAUGAGUCAAGGACAUCAAGAGGGGAGACAAAUUCUUUGGCAACAUUUGGAUAAUGCAUAUAAUGCACUUAGGGAAUUUUCGAAGAAUUCAAGUACAUGUGAGGGUGGAAGCGGACGGAACGAUAAUGACACAAUUAAUAAGGAUGUUAUAGAGGAAAAUAAUGAUUAUAUUUUGGAUCCUCCUCAAAUUAAGCCUAAAGGAGUUUCUAAUUCUAGGCUCAAAGGGCAUCUAGAAAAUACACAAAGAAGAAAAUCAAAUGAAAAAAGAAAAGAGACUGCAAAAAGACAAAAACAACAACUAUCUAGUCAAAUUACAAGCCAAACUCCUGCACACAUUUCAAAUUCUUCUGGAGUAUUUGCCAAUUCGGGUCUAGAAUGCAGACCAUCGUUUCAUCCGAUAUAUACCUCUUCGGCACCAUUUCAGAUUUCAACGUCAACGUCCUACUGUAAUAUUGAUUUUUCAAAUGUACCAUUUACCGCUAUGUUGCAAGAUUUUGAUAUGAUGAAAGAUCAACAUGAGGGUUCAAACAAUUCAAGACAUCAGCCAUAA